UAAGGAAGGACUGCGGGUGCGCCCCUGCUUGGUGUUUAGUUAGCUAGCUAGCAUAGCUGUUUAAGUUUUCACGGUUUAAUGUUGAGCCAUUAAAAUGGAUUUUGAUGAAUUGUUUGACGAGCGGACAUUUCCAUUUUCUGAUUUCCAAGAGUUUACGUUUAUUCCAGGUCACCAGAAAUUGUCAGAACGUGUGCGAAAGCGUUUUUAUUAUGGCUUGGACAAGGACUGCUCACUGGAUGCCCUCUCCUGCCCCGUCACAGACAUUGCCGUGGAACUGCUUCAGAAAUCUGCCCCUAGCCCCAUUCGCAAGCUUCAGAAGAAGUAUGCCGCACAUGUUGCCAGGGAGGCUUGUAUCUCUCCUUGUGCCAUGAUGCUGGCCCUGGUCUACAUCGAAAGGCUCAGACACAGGAAUCCUGAAUACCUGCAACAGAUCUCCUCCUCCGACCUCUUCCUGAUCUCUAUGAUGGUUGCCAGCAAGUACCUGUAUGACGAAGGAGAGGAAGAGGAAGUGUUCAACGAUGAGUGGGGCGCAGCUGGGAAACUGGACGUGCAGACGGUCAACACCCUCGAGAUGAACUUCCUGAAAGCCAUUGACUGGAGCCUCUUUACUGAACCUAGUGAAUUCUUUGACAUAUUGAAUCAACUAGAAACCAGCAUAGCGGAGAAGGAGGGGCUGAAGCGGGGCUGGUUCACGUACACUGACCUGUGCGUGUUACUGGAGCAGUCGGCAUGGCGACACACCUUCACAGCCAUCUACCUGCACUUCACCAAGCUGGCCUGCAUGCUCAGCCUGGUCUACCUGACCAGCGUAGCUGGACUCAUAGCCUCCUCCGCCGUACUGCAUCAGCUCAGCUGUCCCAAGGAUCAAGGCACCCUCUGCACUGUCAACCUCCAGACCUCGAGCGACCCCCCCGGCCUACUGCUGGACAACGGCGCCCCGCCCGCCGACCUCCGCUGCUGCAUUCUGGGAAACGACAGCCAGGAACGGCGCUCGGGCACCGCCCCCUCCUCGCCUGUCCGCUCCCCGUCUCCCAGCUCGGCGCUGUGUUUCUGGAGCUCCUUCCUCACGUCGCUGGCCUACUCCGACCCCGAGCCCGGCCCGGACCAGCCCGCCCCGGCCCCUGCCCCUGCCCCUGCCCCGGGCGGCUCAGGCUACCUGCUGCCCUCCUCCUCCACGCAGUGCGGAGCGGGAAACGGAUCCGAUACUUCAGCCUCCGCUCAGCUCACCGCGCCCUGGCCGACCCCUGAUAUUUACACUCUGGGACCCUUCAUGCAUCCGGGCCCCGACGUGCCCCUUAAAGUGUGGCCCUGCUGUUCAGAGACCCUGGUGCCUUUUGGGAAGGUCCAGCCCUUCCUCAUGCCCAGCUAGAGAGAGUGGCCCGGGGAACGGUGCCGAUAUGAAGGACUUGGAGAAACUAACAGCAGUUUUUUAAAAUAGAUUUAUGAUGCAUAUCCUCCCUGUGCGAUAUGAAAUGAAAAGAUAGAUAGGUUGUUAUUCUGCAUUUAUCGUUCAAAUCAGAAGGAUACUUGGUUGCACUUAUUCAGGAAAUAUGAAAAGAUCUAAAGGUGUGUGUGUGUGUGUGCACGUUGGUGCGUGUGUGUGUGAGUGAGGGCGUGUUUGUGUGAGUGCGCGUUGGUGCUUGCUUGCGCGUGCGUGCGUGCGUGCGUGUGUGCGUGUGUGCGUGUGUGUGUGUGUGUAAAAAUGAGUGAAGCCCCUUGGUUCUCUCUGGCGAGCUGAUAAGGGCAUGUGUGUGUUGUCUGACAUACAAGAGAACUUAGCAACAUGCUGGGCUUAAAAGCACACAUUAAAAACCGAAAACAUUUUAAAAUGUUAAACCAUUUUUUCAUAGAAAGUAAAAGAAGAUAUCCGCGGAGUGGCAUGAAACAUCUGAACAAAUAAAUGUUCCUCUACUAUGCCAAGUUUAAAUCACAAAGGGUUUUGUUGUGUUUAAAUAAUCUGGGGUUGCUUUGGUAUAAUGGGAGUUGGGUACUUGAUUGCUCUUUAGACGAGUGUAUUAAAAAAAUUGAGGUGGGAAUUGGGUUUGUUUUGAGAAGGGACUCAAGCAUUGCAUAAACAUUUUGUUGGAAACCAUCUCAUCAGGCUGAUUGAGGAUUUUGUAUGUAACAAGACCGGAAGUUGGUAUGGCUGUCAAGCACAGCUUUGGACGUGUAUGGUUUGAGAACACAUCAUUACAUUACAGCUUCCUUUAGGAAUCCUUUAUAUCAAAUGCAUAGAUAUUUGAAGCACCUUCUUGGGUAUACCUGUGUGAUAAAAUUUCAAAAUGUCCUGAUCAGACCGAAAGGUUUGAUUCUAACGUUCAGUCCAGGGGACAAUUUUGAGAGACGUGUGGGAAGUGCUUUUAAUCAAUGCUUUGUUUUAAGCUUGUAGUAAAAACAAAAUAAAACUUUUACUUAGUCUAAAGUAUUCUUCCCAUAUAUUGGGCUUGAAUUAUAUUUGGGUGAUCUGGUGAGUUUUCAGUUAAGAGUUGAGGAAUACAUUUUCUGGAAACCUAUAAGCAGAGAUACAAUAUGUUACUUCUUACCCCCACAGUCAGUUUAAAAUCAUUAUAAUUAGUCAACAUUGUCUAAUUUAAAUGUCCACUUGGGGUUACAAGAGCUACUGUAGCUCCUGGCAGCAUAGAACCAUCCUCACAAAUAGCCAAAGUAGUUGUGUAGUGUGUACCUUCACAGUUCCCUGUUUGCUAUAACGCUAUUGCGUUGCUUCAUUGUUGCUAAGGGCAUGGGCUGUGUUAACGCUGUAACGGAGGGAGUAGAGUGUUUGUGGGACAUUCUUCAUGGCUGAGAUGCUUGUGCAGGAAAUACUUAAUCGAUGAGAUGACAUAGAAGUCUACAACUCAAGUUUUGUGUGUGUGUUUUUUUUUUUUUUUUUUUUUCAUUAUUAUUUUAUUUGAGUUUGUUUAUGGACUAUGGCUGUUCUGUUCUCGAACUGAUGUUUUGUUUGAUGUGGAAAUCGAAUCUUUUAUUUACUGUUAUUUUUAUUUGCAGUAUUUCAAUAGUAUAAUUUCAAUUUAGGCCCAGGUGAUAUUUUGGAAAUCUUUCCAACACGGCACUGGUAUACUGGCAAUAAGUGUGCACCUAGGUCUGACUGGAGCAACAAAACAUAGGUCUAUAUUAAUGUCAAAUAAAAUCGAUAAUUUGACGUGUAUCCCUAAUUUUAACAACAACAAAAAAUGCUGUUAGUGUUUAAAAGACUGGUGUUCCUGUGCUCACAUCAGGUGCACUUCCUGUGAGGUUAGUUGUAAGCAAAUUCUUUCAACUUUUUUUUUUACAGAAAAAAUACUACAGAAUGACUCCUAAAUUCCUAUUCAAGUUGGAUCAUUUGAUGCACUGACAUCAGCGAGUUAGAGCAGAUUGCUUCUUCUUUCAUGAGAUGACCACUGAUAUUUCAGUGUAAAGUGCAUAAGAUAGUGCCGGUAAUGCUCCAAGCAAUAUUGCACAUUUUCACGUUAUAUGCAGCCGGAAUAUAUAAGGUCAGUUGGUAUAACACGUUUGAGGCUUGAGGAGAGCAGUUUACAGUUUAUGUAAACCCGUUUACAGGACAUUACUUUCUCUGAUACUCUGAAGCAUACCUCAUGAUUUUUCCUCAUUUAUAUGGAACUGUGAAAUAUUCUUAUUGUGAUUUGGCGUGUCCCGAAAGCACUGAACACAAUGUUUUUCAAUUCUGCAUUUUUUUAUUCUUUGUGCAAGUGUCAACAAAAGGUUUUGCCCUGUAAGCAUUACCGUAAUAUUACAACAUCUUUCAGGCUUCAUAGAAGCAAGGCCCAGUUUCACCGAGAAACCAUUUUCACUCUCUUAAUCUCUUAAUUUUUUUAUUGAAAGGUGUGGUGAGUUUUCUGAAACUAUUCUUCAUAAUCAGGGUAGACUGACUCUAGCUCAGCGUGGUUAGGAAUGUGUAACAGUUGAAAUGCAUUGGUUAAGUUGUACUGUCCAGCUUUUAAGCAUACUAAAAGAAAAGAAUACUUGGACUCAAAUGACAAUGUUGUUUUCUGGCACAAAUGUUUUCCAAUUCAGAGCUUCUUUUCCUGUGUUCUUUCAGUGCUCUGAGCUGAUGGGGAGGUUACAGUUUUGGAAAAUGAUUUAAGGGAAGAGGGAUACUGUGUACAGGUUCUAAAACUAGGUAUAAAAAAUAACCCUUUACCUUUUUCAUGGAUUGACAUAGGUGUUGAAAUGCUAAACAAAAGUCUGUGCAAUUUUGUGGCACAAUUUCUUUUUUAUUCUUAAACAUGUACAAUACAUGAAAUGUAUAGAAUUGUGUAAAGAUGUUCAACCUUAUCAAAUAAAAAAUGCCAUAUCAAUA